CUCCCUUCAUAUCUGGUAUGGCGUGAAUACUACGUUAUUGCCAUUUGCAAUAUAGCCAUGAUUUGCCCCAAUGCCGAGAUGUGUCGCUAGGAAUUGUGGAUUUUAUCAUGUCUGAUGGUGACCAACCUAAUCUCCCAGCUACGAGAUGAGCGGAGAAGAACGAACAUGGGAUGUGAUCAAUGCAAAUCGUGCCAAGCUUCGGAAUGAAGUGAACUUGAAUGAUUUGCUUCUAAAUUUGAGCAGCAGAGGAGUUUUUUCGACCCACGAGGAGACGAGGAUCAGAGAAAAAGAUGACAUCACCAGACGAUUUGAUGAGUUCUUCUUUACCCUCUUCCACAAGAAUCCGCAAAGACACUUGGAUGACUUCUUCCAGGCACUCAAUGAGAUAGGAAGAGAUGACGUUGCGGGCUUUUUGCAAGGUGCAAAUGGACAGCGACAGCAAGAAGGCAUGAAGUUUAUUGAAAGUCGCCGACGCCUCCUCGAAGGAAUUCCAGUUCACAAAGUCUGUCAGAAGCUUGGAAGACUGCUCACUCAAGAGGAUGUCACGUUUAUAAGCUCAGAUUCAGGAACAGGACUGACUAAUCUAUUGGAUACUUUGUGCAACAAGUCAUUGAGGUACGAGGAGUGGUACCUCGAUUUAUUAGUGGCUUUGCAGGAUCUCACUCUAAUGUCGAGAGCAGAGGAGCUCGAGAGUAAAACAGAUUUGAACGCCCGCAUCGGCAGAGUAAUGGUCAAUUUCAUCAAGAUUGGAAAUCCAGAUGAAGUCACGAAGAGGAUGACUGCCCAUGGAAUUCUUAACAAUGACGAAGUUGGAAGUCUCAACAAAAACAUAUACAACGUCCAAAAAAUGUCCUGUCUGGGUAACGUCCUGGGUAGCAAGAAAGGGAGAAACCUGCCCCUCAUAUGUAGGUGCCUCCUCGAGAGUGGCUAUCGUUCUAUUGCUGAGGACCUCCUCCACUCCUCCGAGGAAGAACUCAUGAAGUACACCGCUGGAUCAGAUAUGGACGUAUAUGGCGGAACAAUGCUUCUUUCAAUGAGAGAAGAAAGGAGAAGUUUGGAGGAAUGCAUCGAGCAAUUGAAGGGAGUGGUUGAUAAUUUAUCUGGGGAACGGAAUUCCGAAGAACGCAUGGGCCAGAUUUUUGAUCAAACGAAAGUAAUUAGCAAGAACGUUGACAAACUGCUUGAAAAACAUACGGGUGAAACUGCGCUUCUUCCACAAAUACUGUUGCAACUGCAAAGUAACGACAUCGAAAAGAAAGAGCAGAUGAAGGCAUUGGAAGAACGGCUUCAGGAGAUGUCCAUGACAUUGGCAAAGGAGGAAGGGCUCAAAGCAAAGCAUGAAAAGAGAAGUAAAAAACUUGAAAGGCAGCUCGAGAGGCAACAGAACUUCAUGCAACAGAAAGAGACAGAGCUCAACGAAACCAAAGCUAAGAUGAAGGAGACGUCGAAGCAGAUGGAGACCUUGUCAAAUUCACUAGAAGAGGCGGAGGAGAGGACUAGUCAUGUGUCAGAGCUGAAGACAAGGCUUGAAGCUCAAAAUAACGAAAUUCAAGAGCAACUACAGAGGGAGCAGUCACUACGUGUAGAGAGUCUUUGUCUCGAGUUGUUUUGA